GAUUAGAAGGUGUAUACCAAUGAUGAUGGUAAUUUGAUAUCCCCUGUGGAUGUGGAUUGAGGAUAAUCAAUUUUCUUUUUGGUCGGAGUUCGAAUGAGUUGCCUCCGCCUCCCGUACUCGGCGGGGACACCGCUUCGCUUCCCCUGCUUUCGUCCCUUUCAUCUCCACCACCGCAUCGGGCGACUCUUCAGCACCUCCUGCUCCUCCUCCUCCGUGGAUAAGAGGGAGAAAGUGAUUGUCAUCUCCGGCCCCACCGGUGCCGGCAAAAGUAAGCUGGCUUUAGAGCUUGCUAAGCUGCUCAAUGGCGAAAUUAUCAGUGCCGACUCUGUUCAGGUUUAUCAAGGACUCGAUGUUGGAUCAGCGAAGCCUUCAUUAAGUGAAAGAAAGGAAGUUCCACACCAUCUGAUUGACAUAUUGCAUCCAUCUGAAGAUUAUUCCGUUGGGCAAUUUUUCAUGGAUGCAAGGCAAGCUACAAGAGAUGUCCUUAAUGCUGGCCGUGUUCCAAUAGUUGUUGGCGGUACUGGACUCUACUUGCGAUGGUUCAUAUAUGGAAAGCCAGAUGUUCCCAAAGCCUCUCGUGAGAUUACCUCUGAAGUUUAUUCAGAACUGGCAGAUCUAGAGAGAGAUGGUGAUUGGGAUGCAGCUGUCCAGUUGGUAAUUGAAGCAGGAGAUCCAAGUGUUAAACUUUUAGCACCAAAUGAUUGGUAUCGCUUACGUCGCAGACUUGAGAUCAUUAAGUCUAGUGGUUCACCUACAUCAGCUUUUCAAGUGCCGUAUGAUUCAUUCAGGGAAAGCUUGGAUUUUCAUCUGACUGACUCUUCAGACAUCAAGUCUUCUGUUGAUGGACUUCAGGAAGAUAACUCGAAGAAAUUGGACUAUGGCUUCCUUUGUUUUUUCCUUUCCACCCAAAGGCUGGACCUUUACAGAUCAAUUGAUUUCCGGUGUGAAGAUAUGCUUUCAGGAGAUGAUGGAUUACUAUCUGAAGCAAGUUGGCUUCUUGACUUGGGUCUCUUGCCUAAUUCUAGUUCUGCAACCCGAGCUAUUGGUUACCGACAAGCAAUGGAGUACCUUUUGUGCUGUAGAGAGCAAGAUGGUCAGAGUUCUGCUCGAGAUUUUUAUACCUUCCUAUCUGCAUUUCAGAAAGCAUCUAGAAACUUUGCGAAAAGGCAGUUAACAUGGUUCCGCAAUGAACAUAUUUAUCAAUGGAUUGAUGCAUCUAAGUCUCUGGAAAAGGUUUUAAAAUUGAUACAUGAUUCAUAUCAUGAUGAAACCGGGAACUUGAAGGUGCCUGACUCACUUGCAAUGCAUAAGGAUGUAUCAAAUCGGAAGGCAGCUUCACAGUUGAAGGCAUAUCGAACAAAAAAUAGGCAAUACAUUCAACGUGAAGAUUGUUCGCAUAUUCUAGACUGGAUAAGGAGGACUCAACGGCAACCAAGUCUGUCUGUUUGUUAAAUGAUAUACAAAAGUGCCUCAUCUCUGACCUUUGGCCGUUGGACAUCUCAAAACCUUUUAGAUUCUUGUGAAGAAGGGUUGAAGACCUCCAUUUGGCAAAGCUUUUCAAGAGGAUUUUUUUUGUCUGUAAUGCCUGGGCCUUGAAGAUUUUGUCAAGUACAGCUUCCGUGGAAAGGCUGGAUUUGAAGGUAAAAAAAAUCAAAAACUAAUUGAUGCUAGACCAAGUGUGAACUAUUACAAUAUACAAGAUGUAGUCUCUGUAGAUAUUCUAUUGAGCCUCCCCAAGAAAUGAGCAAUCUCUAUGCUUCCUUAGUUGAGAAAUUGGAAGAAAAGAAAGUGGAAUGGAAAGUAUCAAUUUGCCAUUCUGUUCUGUCUCUCUUAAGAGGGAAGACAGGUAGAAA